UGACGCCAACGUAUGCGGACACACCUGCAGAUUAUUUGAUUCGAAUUUAUUUUGUGUUUUGUUUGCAUAUAUCUUAAUUGUGUUAUAUAACUUAAAAGUGUUGAAAUGCUCAACAUGGAUCCAUUAGAAUCGGAAGAAAUAUGUUUAAACUGUGAUACAUGGUUAUAUAUUUACAAGCUGCUAAAUUUUUCCGACCAACUGAGGCUAGCCCAGGUCAAUGGCUAUUUGAGAAGUGUGUUUGAAAAUUUCAUAUGGCCAUUGAACUAUGAAGGACUGACAAUAGCGGAAAAAUUGCCUCUCUAUAUAGUGGCCAAUGAGGGGGAUGCCAAUCGAAUUCUACUAUCGUCCGAAGUGUUGCGUGAAUUCUUGGCAGUUUAUGCUGAGCAAGUUCGAGUGCUAACUUCAUAUUCCGAUCUAAGUUUGCAGCAUUUUAAAAAUCUCACCACUCUCAAAUGUUGCGCCGACAUACGUUGGCUUGCAUUGAUCCAGUCGGUGGCCAAGAGUCUUCCGCAUAUAGAAAAAUUGCACCUGCUGUCCUAUAGGAUACAUAAGUCCAUAAGGACACAUAUGUUUGAAGACAUAGAGAAGGGGUUUGUCACCGACGAAUUUGUUAGCAGCCUGCUAAGCAUGACACGGCUGAGAGAGCUCUGCUUGGGUCAUCGUGAUGACUAUCCCAUAAUAAGGGUUAAAUUCUCACACCACCUGCAGCUGCUGGCCAAACUGAAAUUGGAAAUUUUGAAAAUGAGUUUUUUAGUGGAUAUUCAAGAAGAAAUUGAACUCCCUAGCCUUGAAGCACCCUCCCAGUUGCAUGAAUUACAAAUAGCCACCUCAUUUGAUUCAAACAAAUGGCGCUUAAAUUUUUCGAAAUUUUUAGAAAUUUUCCACCAUCUAACCAAUUUAAAUAUACGGGUAACUGAUGGGCUCACCAAAGAGAUCAUGGACAAAGUUUCCCAAGCUUGUCAUCAUCUAGAUAAGCUCAGCGUACAAUGGACUAACUUCAAUCAAAUUGAAGAUGUAGCCUUGCCUCCCAAGCUGCAAUCGCUUAACAUUGAAUUUUGUUCUGGCUUAAGUUAUGAAAACCUAAAACAAAUCCUUAGCUGUACCUCCAUAACGUCGUUUAUCUCCCAUGGCACUUGGUAUGAGGGUGAAUUUGAGGAUUUUCCCAUAUCAGCUUUAAUCGAAACUUUAAACCUAAGCAACAUCGAUAUGGCAGAAUUUCAAAUGGCCUAUGCCAAUAAUGCAAAUUUAAAAAAUCUCACCUGGCAUCCCUCACCCAGAGAGGACAGAGAGAGGACAGGACAGAGCAGCAUUUACUGUGGAGUACCCAAAAACUUGGAAACUUUGGAUAUGCAACGGGGACAAAUGAGUUUGGAGACACUGCAGCAAAUGCCAAAACUUUCCAAAUUGCACACCUGGUUGAUGGUGCCUUUACAAUGGCCCUACAUCUAUGGGAUUUUACGACUACCUUCUUUAAGGGAACUAACUCUGAGGAUUGAUGAGCAUCAGUCGCAAUCGCCUAAUGUUGAAGGAUUUUCCACGAGCGUGCAUCAUUUGAGAUUGGUCUAUCGCAAAUCAUUUAUUGGGGAUUUAGAAUUUUGGCUAAAAUUAUUCAAUCACAAUUCCAAUAUGACUUUGGCUUUAUCCACCCAGCCAGAGUUUGAGAACAAUUUGAUGACCUUAAUCAACCACAAAGAUUUUCCCAAAUUUCUGAAGAAUAUCUAUUUAUAUGGAUUUACAAUAAAAUGCUCCGAACUGCGACAGAAUUUCGAGAAUACCAUUAAAAAUAUUGUCUACCAUAAAAAUGAUUUCGAUGAUCUGGAGGAUGACAAAUAUUUCAUUGUGCUACGCAGAUGAUAAAAACAGUAGAUAGAAUAAACCGU